AUGACUUCUCUCUUCCCGCACACUCCAUACGCGGAAGAUCAGCCAUACGCGCAUUCAAUCCUCUAUCUCCACGUCAUGCGUGCAUCGGCAAUGUCGUUCACAUUCGUCUCGCUGGCGGGUGUCCCAAUCUCGGUCCUGGCAUCUCGCUACCGCCAAACAUCUAUCGACCCCAAGAUGCUACUGUCACGCACACUCAAAAUCUCCGGUCGUAGCCUCGUACUAGGUACCAUGGUUGGAGCUGCCAUGACCUGGGGACAGAUGAUGGGCAGGGAAGAUAUCGAGUGGAAAGAUAGGUCUUGGAGAAUCCUAGAGAAUAAGGGUGAGGUGGACACGGAUUGGGUAACCAUAGGUGGAGCGGGAGCGGGUGUUGUAGCGGCUUCGCUGGGGGCGAGGAGAGGCAAGGUGCCUGCGGGUGUUGGGAACGCGGUUUUGGGAGGUACUGGAAUUGGGAUGUCAAUUGGUGUACCUUAUAUGAUUGCUUCGUUCGCAAGGGGAAGAAAGCCGGCGUGA